AUGUGUCUGCGUGUGUGUGCGCCUGCAGCACUGUUGGCUCUGCUGGUGCUGACUCUUGUGCUUCCCGGCGGCCUGGGCUGUCCCAGAAGCUGUAACUGCUACCAGGCCAACGAGGUCCACUGUACCUUCCGCUCCCUGCUCACUAUACCACCUGGACUACCUUCACACACACGACGCAUAAACUUAGGGUUUAACAGCAUCAGCAGGAUCCCUGAGAGCUCCCUGGCUGGACUUGAUAGAGCGGAACUACUCAUGCUGCACAGCAACGAUCUGCACCAUCUCCCAGAUGCAGCAUUCAAAGAUAUGAAAUCGCUGCAGAUCCUCAAGCUGAGCUAUAACAAGCUGAGCGAGAUCUCUUCAUCGCUGACCUUCUCUGGUCUGACCUCACUGCUGCGUCUCUACUUGGAUCAUAACCUCCUCCAACACGUCCAUCCACGAGCCCUUCUCCAGCUGCCCAGCCUCAAACUGCUACGUCUGCAAGGGAACAGGCUCCAUCAGCUGCACCCCCACUCUCUGUGCACGCUGUCCCUCCUGAACACGUAUUACUUCUCGACACUCAGACACUUAGACCUGUCCAACAACAGUCUGACCACGCUGCCCACAGAAACCCUAGCGACAGCACCGCUACUCGAGACUCUCGGGCUGCAGGUUAACCCAUGGAGUUGCGACUGUAGGAUGAACUGGUUUCCCUCUUGGAGUCUGGCUCACCCAGGCUUAAUGAAAUGUCCCGGUGGCCCUCAGUGCCCAACCUGUGUGUCACCGAAAUCCCUUCAAGGACGGGGCCUACUUGAUCAGACUGAUCUACCGUGCACGUCACCUGUCAUCACUUUCCCAGGGAGAAACACACCUUUGGAGACAGAACUCAGUGAAAUCCAAUCAAGUGAAUCCUUCAGAGAGCUUUUAGGCAGCGCCUCGGUGGGUCUGUCCGACCAACAAGGCAACAGUGUUGAUCUGAGCUGCAACGUCACCCACUCCUCCAGCUCUCAGGAUAUUGCUCCUCCCCCAGAUCUCUCCCUUUCCUCCUCCUCGCCAAUCCCUCUUGCUCUGUCACUCUCCCUGGAAUGCCCUGUGGAAAGAGAGAGCUAUGAACAACUUUGGAGGAUCCUGGCUUACUACAGCGAGACUGCGGUUCGCCUUGAGAGGGAAAUAAUGCUGAGCAAAACCCCGAUGUUGGCCUACCGCUACAGGCAGACGGCAGAGACGGAUGGAUAUUAUCACACUGGAGUAAAAGCUUCUGUUAAGGUCAGACCACAGUGGUUACUGCAACCAGCUAUUAGCAUCCAGCUAAACAGAGCACAGUCUAAUGCCCACAAAAUUCACCUUAUAUACUCGACAAGAGUUUCUGCUCAUCCCGGCCCUACAUCUUUUCCCUCAGCAUCCUCACCUGCUCCUCAUCCAUGGGUUAUGAUUUCAAUGAAUCAAACCAUCACAGCAAUGGCAGCCAAAUCGGGCAGUGAGGUGCAGCUCUCCUGCCCUCUUCUAAGUUCUGGUAACCCCAAGGUACGGUGGAUUCUCCCAGAUGGAUCCACACUCAUAACCCCCUCAAGCAGCCUGGAUGGUAGGCUGCAGGCCUCAGCCUCGGGUUUACUUCUACAAAAAGUGCAGCUCUCAGAUGCUGGACUUUAUUACUGUGUAGUCCAGGCUGGCAUGGAUGGAGAUGCUCUCCCUGUGCGCCUGGCAGUGGAGGAGUCCUCUGUCCCACCUUCUGGAGAGCAAGUGGGACCGCAUGUGACUGGACCAGUUGGGGAGGCUGUCAGUCUCUCCUGCAAUGCGUCGGGUUCACCAGCACCUUAUUUGAGCUGGGUGUUGCCAGAUGGAAAUAUACUACGGUCUGGAUUAGCUGUAUCAGGUGGAGUCACUGUACAACCAAAUGGGAGUCUCUCUUUGUCCAAGCUUUCUCUGAGGGAUGCUGGUCAUUACCGGUGCACUGCAGUCAACCAUUAUGGUAGUGACUCUUUGUCCAUGCAGUUGGAAGUAAAACCACAACACCCUCCUCUGUUCAGAACUUCAUUUCCCAGAGGGCCACAGUCAGCUGCUGGCCGGUCAACCAAGAUACGAGCCCCUUUAUUACGUGAGAUGGAGGAAGGAUCAGGGGAUGAAGAGGAAGAAGAAGAGAAAACUCUUAGGAAGCGUCCAAGACCUAACCAGGCGCUCCCGAACAGACGGUAUCCAUUUGGAAAACCAAGAAGACCUGGGCCUGUUAGAGAAGGAACCCUGAGAAGAGGAGAAGGACCUGUAUCCUCCACUGACCAGAGAAGAAACCGCUUUGACAACAGGCACAGAGUCACCACAAACAAACAAAGAAUAGACCCUCAGAAAUGGGCAGACAUUCUGGCUAAAAUACGUCAAAAGACGUCUAACACUAUUAACAGUCAAACUGUUACAGUAGUGCCCUCAGCUGAGCCGAUGGGAAGAGGCACAGACAGAGCUACAGCAAGAGAUGAUGGAGUGGUUGAUACAGAGAGAGUUAGAGUUCAGGGAGCAGGGGGGGAUGCAGAAACGGAAGGGUCAUCUGUUGAUGACACUGUUUUACAAGAGGAAGGCCUACAAGCGUUUCAUCCUGUUCCCACAGAAAUGCAGACACACACAGAGCCACCAACAGAUACAGCGAUAGAAAGAGGGAGCGGGAGCUCAACAGAAACACAGACGGACAUGGAGACCAAGACACAAAUGCAGACUCCAAACCCAGAUCCACAGACAGAGACAGUGACACACCCGGAGGAACAGAAAGAAGCAGUUACAUCUAAGCCAAUCUCUGGAAGUAAUGAAAUUGUGCCAGCACCAGAUAAUGGAGAUAACAGAGAGGCAAACCCCAACCCUGCUAGAACCCGACCUCAGAACCCCCGGCAGAGACUCUUACCAAAUUUGGUUCCAAAUUCACGACCUCAAAGCCCUUGGAAUUCUCGCAGGAGGCUCGGACAGCAAAGACGAAUCAUCAACAGGCCCAGGGUGCAGCCUUUGACCCCACCCCGACCUCUCCCUGACCUUACACAGCAGAGGUCACAAACAGGAACACCUAACACUACCACUGAUCAAAGUCAUAUAUCCCUGCUGGCCUCAACAACCACAUAUCCAUCUACUUUAUUGACAAGGAAUGACCAUAUUAAGACCACUUCAAAUGGUGUGGCACUUAAUCCUCUGUCUCCCCCUGUUUCUUACACUCUGGGUAUUUCAACCUCUGCCCCCCCCUUCACCUCAGUAUCCCCCUCUCACACAAACCCACAUAUAGACACCAUGAGUCAUUCAGCCGACAUCCCAGACACUGCAGAGUCCACACUUUUCAACACAGGGACACCAGCACCCACUCACUCUGAUGUUGUGAUCUCAGAGACACAUGUGCCAGACACACAGGCCGGGACACUUACACAUGGCGUACAGACACACACAAAAACACACACAGCCUUAGGUAAACAUGUUGAUAGACCCUCGGGCAAACACAGUGAAGAGCAGGAGAGGAAUUUGUCGGGUGUGCCAUAUGUAUCUCAUUCCACCACUGUCUCCUCCACUCACUCAUCCGCUGUUUCCUCCACCGUCUCUAGUGCAGCUACAGCUACUCCUGCAAAAACUAUGACUCUUCCAACCCCUCUCAAGAGUGAAGAAAGACUUUCUAAUCCUCCGACAACUACUUCCCCAAUCCUGUCUAGUACAACUACCAUUAUUAUUCCAACAUCAAGCACUACCAGAAGUACUACAACUACUCUUACCUCUACAACUACCACAACUGCUCUAACAUCAACUACUCCCACUACCACAGCUAUUUCUUCAACUAGGCCUUCUACUACUACAACAACAACAACUACUGCAACAAGCACUAAAACACCAAACCACAGUACGACAACUACUGUCACAACUUCUACUCCUACUACUAGGAGUACUAUAAUGACCACCUCGGCCAAAACUGCAAUGACCACCCCGGCCAAAACUUUUCCAACCACUACUUGGGCACCUUCUCCUGUUACAUCGACUACUACCACCACAACAAUGACAUCAACAAGUACCAGAGCAUCAUUCAGAGAGAGGCCAAGCAUUGGUCGAGUUGACAUCCCAGGGAGGCCUGUUCCUGGGGCUUCAAACCAUAGUCGAUCACCUCCUGACUGGAAGAACCCCGGGGCUAAUUCAAUCCCUGACUCACACAGCAGCAGGCCACGCUGGUCCCCCCCGCUCCCUGUUGUCCCUGGGGCCCCAGUCGUGAGAUCUAGACCAAGAAUUGCAGACCCACACAUCAGGACAGUGUCAUUCCCAGCAGAGAGCAUUGCCAGGCUGGCUUGUGCGGCUCAAGGGGAGCCAAAACCUUCCAUCACAUGGACCAAGGUUGCCACAGGGGCGGUGAUGUCAAUCCACUCCAAGGCUGAGCGUUUUGAGGUCCUGCCAAAUGGCACCCUUGUUAUCCAUAAUGUGCAGCUGCAGGACAGAGGCACAUACAUCUGCAGUGCAAACAGCUUCCUGGGUCGAGACAGGUUGCUAACCACCCUGGAAGUAUGGACCCGCCCCCCUCGUAUGCAGCUGGCGGGUUACAGAGAAGCCACCAUUCAUCAGGGUGGAGAUGUGCUCUUGGCGUGCCAGGCAGAUGGUGUUCCCGCCCCUCUGCUGUCUUGGGUUCUGCCUGAUCGUUCUGUCCUGACGUCGGCGGACCCCUCCGCCAGUCGCAUAAUUAUGGACACAAAUGGAACCCUUCAUAUUCCUGCAACUUUACCAAGUGACAGAGGAGUGUAUCGCUGUGUGGCCUCAAACACAGCAGGUGCUGCCAGUUCCUCUGUGCGUGUACACGUGUCCUCGCUGCCCCCAGUGAUACAGCAACCCAGAGAGGAACACCUGCACUUGUCUCCAGGGAGGCCUGUUUAUGCUCACUGCUCUGCCCGAGGUGCCCCACCACCAGUUCUGCGCUGGCGAAUACCAGAUGGGACUUUGGUUCGCCCAUCUCAGUUUCUCCAUGGCAACCUCUUCGUCUUGCCCAAUGGGACGCUGCAUAUUAGAGGUGUUGGACCAAAGGACUCGGGGAGUUACGAGUGCACAGCAAGUAAUGCUGUUGGAGCCGAUAAGAGAACAGUGAGAGUUAAAGUCGAAGGGGGAGCAGAAGGCAGAAAAAGUGAAGCAGGUGCAGGAAAAGAAAACACACAAGCAGUUGCUGUUGAAAAACCAUCUCCUACACAUUCACUCAACAAAGACAGAACUUUCUUUUUCCCAAGCAACCCCACAAAUACAUUCAACUCCCCAAAACUUCCCCCUCCAUUGCCCGUUGAUAGAUCCAAGACCAGGUCUUCUCACCCUCACCAAUCUGAAUCCACAAUCUCGCCUCCGAAACUCAAUAAGACAGGCACAGGCUCCCACACACAGUUGACUGACAUCAGCAAAGCUAAACUUCCCUCUCCCUCCCAACCCUCCACAGAGUCUGCACAAAACACAAAAAUCUUGCAGAGUCAUGUAAACAAGACAAGAGUUAGUUUUUCCUCCUCUUCUGACAAGAGCAGAGCCUCAGCUGUUCUGCAACCCUUGCCUAUCUCCCCCUUCAGCAACGCCCGUAUUGUCUCCACAUCACCCUCCAUUACUGUCUACUACGGGGGGAUUUUGCAGCUCCACUGUUCUGUAACUGGCAACCCACCCCCCAUUAUCAUUUGGAGGACCCCAAACAGGAAACUGGUGGACAUGCACUUCAGCUACGACCGUCGUCUGAAGGUGCAUCCUAAUGGCACCCUGUCCGCCCAGGCUGUAACUGAGAAGGACGCUGGAGACUACCUCUGUAUCGCACGCAACAAGGUCGCAGACGAUUAUCGGCUCCUGCGUGUCACCGUGGCUACCAAGCCCGCCAAGAUCGAGUCAAAACAUCCACUCAAUCAGAUGGUGUCGUUGGGCAAGCCGCUGAAGGUGGAUUGUCAGGCGUCCGGGCUGCCUGACCCAGCUGUUCAUUGGAGUCUACCAGAUGGCACCAUGGUGAAUAGUGUGUUGCAGGGGGAGGACAGGGGAGGACGAGCACGGAGGCUCACUGUUUUUGACAAUGGGACGCUACUGGUUCCGGCAGUGGGCAUGGGGGAGGAAGGGGAGUACACGUGCUAUGCUGAAAAUCAAGGAGGUCAAGACAUGAUGAAGGUCAAAGUGAAGGUCAUGAUGACACCUCCACCGACCUUCCCUGACGAGAAAAGCUAUCACGUCAUCAAAGUACGUCUGGGGGCAACUGCCACAAUUCGCUGCCAGGCCUCAGGAGGUCCUGCCUCAUCGGUGACAUGGUUCUCCCCGGCGGGCCGUGUCAUUCCACGAAGUUUGGGCUCUGGCCACUACUCCGAGAGGGUUGUGGUGGUCUCAGAAGGAACUCUGGAGGUGCGUCUGGCCCAAAAGAUUGACACGGGAAACUAUACAUGCCGAGCAAGCAACUUGGCUGGGCAGAGGAGCACAACCGUGGGCCUGGAGGUGGAGGUUCCUAACCCUGUGACCAGUGGCCAGGUGGGAGGAAGAAGUGCUAACAAUGUGGCCAGUAGUGGUACAUCAGGCGUUAAUAUUGAUAAUGCUAGAAUAAUCCAAUAUGGAAAUAACAAUAGAAAUGGGAAUAAAAGCUACACAGAACCAAACACUGGCAUUAACACAGCAGCCAGUAACUCUAAUCCUGCCCCCAGGAGUGAUAGUCAGAAUGAAUUCAAUAGACCUGUCAGUGGGAUAACAACACAACUUGGUAGCAAUGCAUCCAAUGUCGGGGUGAGCAGGGCAGGGAAUGUGGGAGUUACAGCGGAUAACACUGGAAUGAGCAGAUAUAGACCUGGCAUUGUUAGCAGUGUUAGUAAUAGUGAGAGUAACAGUCACGGCACAGUGAGAGGAGAAAGUGUACAAAGGAAUCCAGGGAAUAUUUAUAAUGAAGUCGUUGCAGGAAGGGCAGGCGCUGAGGAUAACACAAGCAGAGAUAAUGGCAGGAUAAGUGGCAUUUCUAGAAAUGUUGCCGUAAGCAGCAGAGGAACUAAUAGUGGAGCUGGUACUGGCACAGUCAGAGGAAAUUGGUUCGGUCGGAGCAGCAAUAUAGACGUUACCAAUGAUGACAGCAGGAAUAGUGGUGCUAUAGCUUCUGGUAAUACAGGCGCUAAAUACUCUACUAACACAGUUGUGGGUGUGGUAACGACAGUGAAGCAGCGAGCUGUGAAAGGCCGGAAUGUCCUUUUGCCAUGCCCCUCCCAAGGCUCCCCUCCCCCCCGCCUGGCCUGGCUUCUGCCUGGUAACGGCGUCUUGCCGGCUCCUUACUAUGGCAGUCGACUCACUGUGCACAGAAACGGCUCAUUGGAGCUGCGGGGGGUGCGGGCGACUGAUGCCGGGACCUUGGUUUGUGUUGUGAGAGGUGAGAGAGGAGAGACAAGGAUACAGGUGGAGCUGGAGGUCUCUGAGCCACAGGAGGAGGCCAGGUCUCCACACAGAGGACCGGCUGUGGAAAGACCCGUGCAGAGAACUGACGGUUUAAUCGAGGCACCUAAAUCAGGAGCAUCGUUGGCUUCAGCCCAGUCUUUCAGCUCAGUUUUGCCUGAGAAGCUUCAUCCAAGAAAGCCGGUUACUGAAAUGCCUCUGCGUAGGGGCCUGAGUUCACCUGCUGCACCUCGUCCCCUUGGCCCUCCCCCCCGCUCGCCUGGCCCGGUCCCAGAGCAGGCAGUGAGCACCAGAGCAGCCUCCUUGGUGACCAUCAUUAACGGAGAAAACCUUCGCCUGCCAUGCCCUCAAACCCCAGGCUAUACCCGGGGAGCCCUCUCAUGGACCAUGCCCAGCGGCAAGGUGCUGUCCCGGGGUGAGAGUGGUGACUCGGGCCAUUACCUAGUCCAAGAGGAUGGAACCCUCACGGUGCAACAAGCCUCCGUGUUCGACCGAGGCACCUACACCUGCAGGUCCACCAGUAACGACUCCUCCACGGUUUCACUCAUCACGGUUCCUGUCAUCGUCAUCGCCUACCCCCCCCGAAUCACAGCAGGCCCCUCACCUGUAACGUACACGCGGCCGGGGGUUGCUGUGGAGCUGCCGUGCCAGACCAUAGCAACGCCCCGCGCAACAGUGACCUGGGAAACGCCAGACCUGACACAGCUGAGGGUGAUGGGCCAGGCUCGUAUCUAUGGCAACCGCUACCUUAGUCCUCAGGGUUCGUUGGUGAUACAGAACCCGACAAGUCGAGAUACAGGGUUUUACAGAUGCACCGCAAAAAAUGUAAUAGGAGUGGACACCAAGGCGACCUAUCUACACGUAAUAUAA